AUGUGCCUUGGUAUUUGGAAAAGUUUUAGAGGUUUUGUUAAAAAAAGAGGUGGAAAUGUAGUUGAUUUAGGAAUUGGUAUAAUCAUUGGAGCCGCUUUCACUUCUAUAGUUCAAUCGUUUGUUGAAGAUAUUUUAACACCACCACUUGGUUUAGUUCUUCAUGGUUCAAAUCUCGAAAAUUAUUUUAUUAUAAUUAAACCUGGAAAUACACAAAAUGCAACUUAUAAUACUCCUGCUGAAGCUCAAAAAGAUGGUGCGGUAACCGAAAAUAUUGGUUCAUUCUUAAACACCGUGAUAAAUUUCUUAUUGGUCUGUGGCACGUUAUUUUGGAUUUUUUAUGCUUAUAGCAUAAUUAAAGAAUCAAAAAAGGAAGAAGAUGAUGAAGACCCAUGCCCUUGGUGUCAAGAACUAGUUUCCAAAGACGCUGUCAAAUGCAAGUAUUGUGCUAGCAUUAUAAAUGAAAAAAUCCCUCCACAAUAUAAACGGGACAUUAAUAAUGUGGGGGAUAGAGCUUUAAUUGAUUUACAAUAA